UGCGUAACCUCGUCCGUCUGGCAUUGGUAGUCAGUGAUGCGCGCAGGGUGAAGGUAGACGUACCGUGGUCGGGAUUUCGACGCGCAUUCCACACCACUAUAUUCCGAGUUGUUUGACGGGCGUACAAGACACCACCAACACUGUACAGCGAACACCAACCAAACUAAAGUUUAGUCCCGACUUCGGCGGAGUUUUGGUGCGGGGUGAGUUUGUCAGCGCUCGGCCCGGUGUACGCGUUGUUUUGUCGGUAAGUGGUGCGGUACGGUUUCCGAAUUAAACGAAUCGUUUUAAAGUACGGAUUGUUAUUUUCCGAGAAAAAAGUGCCAGAUCCGUGAUCACUUUUUCCUUCACUUGAUGCUUCUUUUUUUGUCUUUUUUUUUCUUAAACCUGUACACUAUACUUUGUGUUGAACGAAGAGUAAAAUUUACGCGGAACAAGUGGACAGGUAUGUGUAUACAUUCAUCGCUGCGUUGCCAAGUUGCAACCAGGUGAACGUAACCGUUUGUAUUAUGAUUGUGUUACCUGAGCUCGGCGUGCAACGCCUGCUGCAGGAAGCCUCGUAUGCUGUCGUGAUCUGACAAUAUACAUACCGUCUACACGGAUCGCUACAUGUGAAUAGAGGGAAAAAAAACAACAAACAAAGAGAGAGGUGAAAAAGUUUUUCAAAACCGAGGAAGCGUCAACUUCAGUCGCUCGUUGUUGUACUGCACCGUGGAUUUAUUUAUUUCUUGGAAAGCCGGCAGUGUAAAAGCUGGUAAGAAAACAAAAUAAGCGAGAAAAUGAGGAAGUUUUUUACAAAUAACUCGUGCGAAUUCUUGCCGAUUGUUCAUUUGUUAUCUCGUUGUCGCAUCGUAUCCGCAAUAGGCAACAUUCUUCGUGAGUGAACCCUGUUCAGUGUCUCCUUCUCUGCACUCUGCAGUGCAGGAAAACGUAAAAGUGUACACGGCACAGUUGUCCCCAGCUGUUGCCGCCGGUCAGGCAGCGUAUAUAAUGGAGAAACUCGACUGGCCGAAUCGGCGACGAUCAUUUCAUCCGCAAAAUUUGAUAAAAACUGGAGGAAGCAGGAGGAGAGCUUCGUUUCGGAAGCUAUUUGCCGCUCUGUCGUUCAUAUGCAUUGCGGGCGGCGCCUGCGCGACCGAAUCACUUCAAGAGCCACGCUUCAUAACGCAACCGUCCAGCAGCGGCAGUAUCCUCAGCGAGGGUCGAACGAAAAUAUUGCAAUGUCAAGCGAGAGGAUAUCCACAGCCAAAGUAUCGCUGGUUCAAAGACGGAUUACCGCUGAACAACGAGCUCAGCUCCGAGCCCUACUAUCGUAUUCUGAAUACUCGAAGAGAAGAUGCAGGAACAUAUUAUUGCGUGGCAAGCAACGAAGUUGGUUCUAUAUUCAGCGAACGGAUAGCUUUUUCGGUUGCUUAUAUGGAAGUCUUUGAAGAUCUAACCGAGCGAGCGGUCCUAGUCGAAUCGGGGGACGCAGCUGUUUUAAACUUGCCUGAAAUUGAGAGUCAUCCGAUUCCCGAAGUUAUCUGGCUAACUUCAAACGGACCGUUGGCUUACGACAUCAAGUAUGCCACCACGGCUAAUCAGCACACCCUUCUCAUUCUAUCUGCUUCGGAAAGCGACAUGGGAUACUACAGAGCGAGGGCGAUAAACACCCAACUCGGUAAGGAAGAAAACAGUCCCUUCUUCAAACUCCAGGUGACCGGAGAUCCGAACAAAGAGAUUGCACCCAAUAUCAUUGUAAAGCCUCAAGACACCCAAAUAGUUAAGGAUCAUCCAGUCACUUAUCUGCAUUGUAUAGCAAAUGCAAGGCCGUUACACGAGCUGGAAACACUUUGGUUCAAGGAUGGUAUACCGAUCGAAAAUGCCGGUAUAUCUUACAGCUUCAGGGAUCUAUGGAACCGAACACUUGGUCUGCUUUCUGCAAAUUUGACCCACACUGGCCAAUACACUUGCCACGUAAGCCUGAGGACCGGAGGCUAUCCGACUGUCACUGCAAGCGCUAAUAUCACCGUUUACGAAAAACCUACUUUUAUUAACGAAUUGAGAAGAGAAAUUCUUGGAGAUUAUGGUUCGACGAUAUCUAUACCAUGCGACGCGGUUGGCGUACCACCCCCAAAGGUUAGCUGGUUCAGAAAUGCGGCUUCUGUAGAUCAUCUGUUGGGGAUAAGGUAUGAUAUGGAGGAGGAUGGCUCUCUCGUUAUCCGUAAAUUGACCAUGGAGGACUCUGGCAUGUUCCAAUGCCUUGCGACCAAUGAAGCCGGGGAGUCAUCUGUUUAUACGUGGCUGAAGGCCAAAAAGGGAUCAGGGACAGGAAGAAUUGGAAAACGAGUCGCUCGCUGGGCAGCCGGCUAUAAUGUAGUGAGAGUUCGUCAGUCUGAUCGACAGUUUAAGUUCUUUCAAUAUCCAGACACAUCGAUACCAGUUAUGGAAUCGCCACCUCGAAACGUAACUGUCUUGGACGGCAAAGAUGCUUCGAUAACGUGCAAAGCUGUCGCUGCGCCAGUGCCAAACGUCACAUGGAUUUAUAAUGACGCAGAUACCGUAGAAGUUGCCGGCAGAGUUCAAAUUCUAGAGAACGGAGAUCUGCUGGUAGCAGCUGUAAUGCCAACUGACGCUGGAAAGUACACGUGUAUCAGGGCAAACGAAGCAGGGUCUGUAAAUGGAUCGGCUUAUCUCACGGUAUUAGUGAGAACACAAAUUAUUCAGCCACCGGUCGACACGUCGGUUCUACUCGGUUACACUGCCGAGCUGCAAUGUAAAGUUUCCAGCGAUCCAAAAGUGCCGUACGAUAUCGCAUGGUUUCAUAACAAACAGGUUAUAAAUACAAGAGCAAGCCAAAGAGUGAAAAUGCGAGAUGACGGGGCCUUGGAGCUUGCUGCGGUGAGGGCCUCGGACGUGGGAGAGUACAUGUGUUCUGUAGUAUCGCCUGGGGGAAACGACACAAGGAAAGCCCGUCUUAGCGUUAUAGAAUUACCUUUUGCGCCUAUAAAUGUCCAGGCGGUGAGAAUGGAGGAGAUAUCGCCACGAACGAUAAACGUUAGCUGGGUGCCUGGAUUUGAUGGAAACAGUCCGACGAACAAAUUCAUAAUACAAAGACGAGAAGUGCCUGAAUUAGGCCCGAUACCGGACCCGCUCUUAAACUGGGUUACCGAACAUAGUAACGUAUCGGCUAGUAGUCGUUGGGUUCUCUUAGACAGCUUGAAAGCAGCAGCUGCAUAUCAGUUCCGGGUUAGCGCAGUAAAUAGUGUUGGAGAGGGCCCUCCGUCAGAUCCUAGCAACGUCAUGGUGCUUCCGCAAGAACCACCGUCCGGCCCGCCUCUUGGAUUCGUCGGAUCGGCGAGAUCGUUUUCGGAAAUAAUAACUCAAUGGCAGCCCCCGCUGGAGGAGCAUCGUAACGGUCAUAUUUUGGGAUAUAUUUUGCGAUACCGAUUGUACGGCUACAAUGACAGUCCUUGGACUAAUCAGAACAUCACAAAUGAGGCGCAGAGAAAUUACUUGAUAACGGAUUUGAUAACGUGGAAAGACUAUAUAGUUCAAAUUGCAGCGUACAAUGACAAAGGCGUUGGGAUAUUCACCGAUGGUGUGAAGAUUAAAACUAAGGAAGGCGUUCCUGAAGCCCCACCAACGAAUCUGAAAGCCAGGGCGAGAAAUUCUACAGCGGUAGAAGUAUGGUGGAAGCCUCCGAAUCCCCAGAAGAUAAACGGCAUAAAUCAAGGCUACAAACUACAGGCUUGGAUCGGUGGUAAUUUUACCGAAGAAAAUGAGUAUAAGUCUACGACCGUUCCACCGAGCUUAUUUGACCCUUUGGCUGAGCAGAGUGCCACGAUUACAGGGCUGAAAAAAUACACAUUGUACAAUAUUACUGUCUUAUGCUUUACUGAUCCUGGAGACGGGGAGCGAAGCGCACCCGUUGAAAUACGUACGAGUGAAGAUGUUCCUGGUGCCAUUGAAAAUCUUCAAUUUGACGAAAUCAGCGACCGGGAGGUGACGGUGCGAUGGAACCCGCCGCAUGAAACUAAUGGAAUACUUACUGGUUAUCAGUUGAAAUACAUGAUAAAGGAUUUACCAGAAUCAUUGCGGGUCGAAAAUUUCACGGCAGACGUACAAUCGACAAAAAUUCAACAUCUACAGGCAACUACACAUUAUAAAUUUGAGGUAACUGCUUGGACGUCAAAAGGUGCAGGUAAAUCAAGAAUUGCAACGAUCCAAUCAGGCGUUGAGCCAGUGCUGCCAGAACCUCCAACCAAAUUGGCUCUUUCAAACAUUGACGCCUUCUCGGUAGUUCUUCAAUUCACCCCAGGAUUUGACGGCAACUCAUCGAUCACAAAGUGGACUGUACAGGCACAAACGUCGCGAAAUAUGACAUGGUACACUGUCUAUGAGGUAUCUGAUCCCGACGCAAGUACGAUCACCGUUGAAGGAUUAACCCCGUUUAUGCAGUACAAGUUGAGACUAAUCGCCAACAACGUUGUCGGUAUGUCUGGCCCGUCCGAACCAACGAAAGAAUUCCAGACAAUCCAGGCGCCUCCUUCGCAUCCCCCUCGAAACGUCACCGUCAGAGCUAUGAGUGCGACCGAAUUACGCGUCAGAUGGAUCCCACUGCAGCAAAUAGAAUGGUAUGGAAAUCCUAGAGGGUAUAACAUUACCUACAAAGAGCUGAGGACGAACAAGUCUAAGAGCAUAUCUAUUGAAGACCACACAGCAAAUUCCUACGUACUGGAGAAUAUGGAAGAAUUUGCGCUAUACGAAAUUGUUAUGAAAGCUUAUAACGAUGUUGGUUCGUCUUCUCCUAGUCCUAAGGCUAUCGAGAGAACACGUGAAUCGGUCCCGUCUCUUGGGCCAAUCAGUGUUGAAGCAAAUGCAACCUCUUCCACAACUAUUGUUGUAAAAUGGGGUGACAUUCCCAUUGAGCAUCAAAAUGGGCAGAUUGAAGGCUUCAAAGUUUACUAUGGCGCCAGUAAUCGGUCACCAUUUCAGUAUAAAAAUAUUCCGACCAAUGCCACAUUCACAACUACUCUGACCGAACUACGAAAGUUUGUUCAAUACCACAUUCAAGUUCUCGCUUAUACCAGGCUUGGUGACGGCGUCUUGAGCCUACCACCGAUCAGAGUGCAGACCUUCGAAGAUGCACCCGGGGCUCCGUCGAAUGUAUCUUUCCCGGACGUCAGCUUCUCAAUGGCUCGUAUAAUCUGGGAUACUCCUGAAGACCCUAACGGUGAAAUUCUGGCGUACAAAGUCAUGUUUCACCUAAACAGUAGUCAGGAUCAUCAAUUUUCGAAAGAAUUUCCAGCAUCUGAUAGAACCUUUAGGGCAACGGGAUUAAAACAGGAAGAAUAUUACAUGUUCUCUGUGACUGCCCAGACGAGAUUAGGAUGGGGAAAAACUGCGUAUGCACUUGUAUUGACUACUAAUAACAGAGAACGACCUCAGCCACCGUCCGCUCCUCAAGUCAGCAGGUCUCAGGUGCAGAGUCGUCAAAUCACAUUCAGUUGGACUCCCGGGCGUGACGGAUUUGCUCCGUUAAGAUAUUACACAGUGCAAAAGGCUGAGAACUCUGGACCUUUUCAAACGAUACCAGAAAGAGUGGAUCCUUCGGUUAAUUCGUACACUGCAAACAAUCUCAAGCCAUUCACACAGUAUCAGUUUCGUAUUCAAGCAACAAACGACAUUGGUCCUUCAACAUGGAGUGCCGAAUCUGCUCAAGUUCAAACUUUGCCGACAGCCCCGUCACGCGCAGUAAUAGGGUUGAAAGUGGUGCCUAUAACAAAAUCGAGUGUAGAAGUUCACUGGGAACCCAUAGAAGAAAUUUACUGGAGUGGAGAUCACGCUACAGGUGGUUAUCGAGUCGUGUAUCAACCAGUGUCCGAUUUUCCGACCGCUCUUGAAGCUGCGCCAAAGAAAAAUAUUCCAGGAAUCAAGAACAAUAUGAUGGUUUUAAGUGAUCUAAUGGAAGAUAAAAAUUACGAAAUAGUCGUUGUGCCAUUCAACUCAGAAGGUGAAGGUCCUCCUUGUCCGCCAGUUACGGUAUACGUAGGCGAGGCUGUUCCUACGGGAGAACCUCGGGAGCUCAAUGCGAAGGCUCUAUCGUCUACCGAAGUACAUUUAAGUUGGAAACCGCCUCAGCUCGAUAUGCAAAACGGUGACCUCCUAGGUUACAAGAUAUUUUACCUAGUCACGGAUUCGCCGCAGGAAUUUGAGAAGCCACAAGAGGAAGAAAUCGAAGUUGUACCUGCGUCAUAUCUUACUCAUGGUCUUGUUUUUCUUGACAAAUACACUGAAUAUCGCAUACAGGUUUUAGCCUUCAAUCCAGCUGGAGACGGACCUCGAACACCGGCUAUCACAGUCAGGACUAAGGAAGAUAUUCCAGGGCCACCAAAUAAUUUGCAAUUUAUUGACAUAACUAUGACAAGUAUGCGCGUCACCUGGGAUCCACCAAAGAUGCGUAACGGCCAGAUCGUUGGAUACAUUGUGGCGUACGAGACUGCAGAACAAAACGAUCGGUUUAGCAAACAAGUUAAACAAAAAGUAACUGAAACAAGCCUGCUUGUCCAACCACUGGAGGAAGAAGUUACAUACACGUUCACAGUCCGAGCUCAAACAAUUGAUUUUGGACCACCAAUUUCUGGCAACGUUACAACCGGACCACAGCUUGGAUCACCUGUAGCACCAAGCGAGCUUGCCAUUUCGAAAACUGUAACCAGUGUCGACCUGCAGUGGACCAACGGUGCAUCUGGAAAAGGGCCUUUACUAGGUUAUUACAUUGAAACUAGACGCAAAGCUAUGGAAGAUUGGCAGCAUUAUGAUGCCCGCUGGCAAACGAUAGUGAAGAGCACCAAUGGUCCACUUACAGAAUAUACAAUAUCCUACCAGAAUCUUCUACCAUCUACCUCAUAUUUAUUCAGAGUGAUAUCAUACAAUCGGUAUGGUAUCAGCUAUCCAGCAUAUUCAAAGGAUGCGGUUUUAACUCCUUCAAAGUUAUACUUUGAAUAUGGAUAUCUUCAACACCGACCAUUUUAUCGACAAACCUGGUUUAUGGUAGCUCUGGCUGCAUGCUCAGUUGUUAUAAUAAUCAUGGUAAUAGCAAUACUGUGCGUUAAGAGUAAGAGCUAUAAAUACAAACAAGAAGCCCAAAAAACUCUGGAGGAAUCGAUGGCCAUGGACGUAGAUGAUCGGCAGGAAUCUGAUUUAGAAUUGUACAGAUCGCGACAUGCUGGUGGAGGAGCGAUGAACGUGGCGAGCACAUGUGGCACAUUGGGCAAGCGAGGCACCUUGGCUCGUAAAUCCACGCAUCAUCCCCCGCCUCCGACAAUGCUGGGUAAAUCUCCGCCUCGACCUUCUCCAGCAUCUGUGGCUUAUCACAGUGACGAGGAGAGUUUGAAGGGUUACGAUGAAAACCCUGAUGACAGUAGCGUAACGGAAAAACCGUCUGAGAUCAGUUCUACGGAUUCACAGGGAUCCGAAAGUGAAAAUGAGAGUGUCCAAUCGGAUCCUCACUCCUUUGUCAAUCACUAUGCUAAUGUCAACGACUCGUUGAGACAGUCAUGGAAACGACAAAAACCGGUUAGAAAUUACUCCUCCUAUACAGAUUCUGAGCCAGAAGGAAGCGCGGUGGUCAGUCUGAACGGAGGACAGAUCAUAAUGAAUAACAUGGCAAGGUCGAGGGCUCCUUUGCCUGGUUUUUCAUCGUUUGUAUGAUCUGUGAUUUCACUCCAAAGAACUAACAAUAUAAAGACUUCAACCAAAUCCUCAAAAAGUUUAUGUGUACGUGGACGUGAAGAAAGUGACAAUAACACAGACUACUAUUAAUGACAGAAAAACAUGAGUUAUGGUGGUGAGCCCAGUUAAUGCAGGGUAAUAUUGGUGCACCCAGCUAACAAUAGAUACAAGAACAUUUGCUGAAAUGCGUUUCUUUUCAUUUAUAGAUCAUCUUCAUAUUGUGAUAUACUGUUACAUACAUUAUACUAUAUUAUUUAUAACUUUAGGCGCUGUCAAUUUUUUACGCGAAUAAGCUCAAGCGUACUUUCAGCGAUUAGAUUGUAGCUAGCCAAAAAGUAUUAGAUAAUGGCCUACUCAUCAAUCGCAUAAUUUUCUUUUUAUGUUUCAAAUCAUGAUUCUUAGUGUAGAUAGUCACAUGAAUAUAAUUGACUGUAAAAUAGUUUAUUAUGAGUACAUAAUGUAUCACAUCAUGGGCCAUAAUCUUCAAUUUUUACUUUAGAAUAAGAAACAAGAACGUAAUAGUCUCAGUGAUCUGUCCUAAAAUCGGUUGAUCGGUAGGAGAAAAGAACUUUGGACACCAAAGUCUCCCCAAAACCGUUAAGAGUAUCGAUGUUCCUUUUGAAAUCGAAUAACUCUAAAUAAUUACGCUCAUCAUUCCGUGAGACAUUUUUUUUUAAUUUAAUGUGAACAUGGAGAAGGAUUGGUGUUACUUAAAACGAAAUUGAUUUAGCAAUCGUAACAUCUUGAUCCCAGCCACAUGGUGCAAUUUAUUUAAACAAAUGUCAAGAGUAUUGGAGCAUUUAUUAGUACAUUACGAUUAGCAAGAAAUGGAUUAUGAAACAGUUUAAUUCCGCAGCGAAAACUAAUUUGCGGGUCUGAACUGAAUCAAGGCCGGAUUGAUGAACUUUUUCAUGUGUACAUGCGAGACAAUGAGAUGAUCCUAACUUUUCAAUCUUAGCAUCGCAACUUCGGCCUAGGAAUCAUUUCCAAAUUCUAGGCGUUAAACAAAUUUCUCAAUUGACCCGGCGCCAAAGUCGUAUAGGCGAAUGUCAACUUGUUGAAUCUGUUCAAAGAUAUCGCGAGUGACUUGAGCAAAUAGAGAAUCGUUUCUAUAAAUCAUACAUAAUCCCACUAAGCUUAUUAAUUAGUCGUAUGUUAAGAAUGAUUUCUUCUAUUGCAUUUUUUGUAAUGCUAUUUUCCUAUUACAUUGUCUAGGACCAAUUCAUGGGUAAUAGAAAAAGGCUGAUCUUUCUACUUAUAUCUUAACGACUAUAUCAACUGAAAAUAGUUACAUGUCAAGGAGUCCAGAGUAUGUACAUUUAUGAGAUGCAGUGAUUCUAAUUUUUUAAAUGAUGACUCCGUAUAGGAUCUACUUAAAAAACGAAAGACACGAAAAUAAUUGCUACCAGAAGGUAUGCUUUGGACUUUUUAAUCGAUAAUAAUGUAGAUUUUAUGACGUCUUAGCAAUCAAUAAAGAUCACCGUCCGGUGUUAUAACAAAGAGCAUAUAAUAAUAAUAAUAAUGAUGAUGAUAGAAGGAACACGAGACGUGUCUCUUGAACACUGCCAACAAAUUUUUUAGUUCAAAUUUUGUAUUAUUUAUAUUACCUUACUUUUGUAAUUAAUAUUAAUAUAAAUUAUAAACUGAUUAAUAAAUUAAUCAAAUUAUAAUGCAUUUAUACCGCAAAUUCAAUUCUAGGUAUAUGUUAUCCUUUUAAUAAAGAUUUAUGAAUUUCUAACGGUUGCACUGUUCAUUAUCAAGUUACGUAGGUAGGUGUCGACGAUCUGUGACUUAUGAAAGA